UAUCUGUGAGUUGUUCCAGGCCAGACAGGGCCAUAGUGAGACUCUGUCUCAUAAAUUUAAAGCAAACAAAAAAAAAUAUAUGAAGGCGCGCACCUGACCGCCAGGAGGCCGUUCCUCUUGCACAGCAGUAAAAUGAAUGAACUAAGUUCCCGACUCAUAGUAAGAGCGCAUUAGGACUUCCGGGGUAUAUAAAUAAAUAGAAUAUUGCAGUUCUGAGAGCUUCCAGUCCUGCCUCCAUUCCUCCCGGAGGCGCUAAAGACCCAGGAUCAGCCCGCGCUAGCCAGUCUCCAACUUCUUUCCUGGGGUCAGUUAAAGCGUCCCUCUCUUUCCCGCCCGCCGGGUUUGAAAAACCAAACACCCUGCGGUGGCGGGCAGCCCCACCGGUUGCCGCCCGCUGACCAAUCACGAGGCGCACCACCUCUAUGGGCGAGACAAACCUUCCCGGCAACGCACUCUGAUUGGCUGGGUCCCCCGGUGGGCGGGGCUUAUGGAGGUCGGGCGCUGGGCAAACCGGCUCCCGCUACUGUGUUGCGAGUUCGUAAGAAAACAAGGGCGCUCUAGGCGGGGCGUGUGACGCGGUCCUCCGCCUGCUGACGGCUGACUACAGCGGCCGGUGAGAGCGGCUCGGAGCAGACCACGCCCGCCCAGGCCAAGGAGGGAGGACCACCCGUGUCACGAUGCUUCUGGAAGAAGUCCGCGUCGGCGACCGGCUGAGUGGUGCAGCGGCCCGUGGCGACGUGCAAGAGGUGCGCCGCCUCCUGCACCGGGAGCUGGUGCAUCCCGACGCUCUGAACCGCUUCGGCAAGACGGCCUUGCAGGUCAUGAUGUUUGGAAGUCCAGCAGUUGCUCUGGAACUCCUGAAGCAAGGCGCUAGCCCCAAUGUCCAGGAUGCCUCUGGUACCAGUCCAGUGCACGAUGCAGCUCGCACCGGGUUCCUGGACACCUUGAAGGUCCUGGUGGAGCAUGGUGCUGAUGUCAAUGCCCUGGACGGCACUGGUUCGCUCCCCAUCCAUCUGGCGAUACGAGAGGGCCACGCCUCCGUGGUCAGCUUCCUAGCUCCCGAAUCUGAUCUCCAUCACAGGGACGCUUCGGGUCUCACCCCCCUGGAGUUGGCCCGGCAGAGAGGGGCUCAGAACCUCAUGGACAUCCUGCAGAGGCACAUGGUGAUCCCAGUGUGACCCGGGGCCACUGUCUCCAGCCAGGGAGCCUCUCAGAGUUAAGAGUCAACAAAAGGAGGAAAGAAACUUUCGCUCCUCACUCCUUCCAUUGAAGAAAGGAGUGGGAGGAGCUGUCUGUGGUUUAUUGGUGUUGGUUUCUUGAGUGAGUGUGUUUGGGGGACGUUUCUCUUUGUUUUUCUCAUUCCAUUUGGUGUGUUUGACAGAGAAGGGGCUCCUACCGGCAACAGCCACCUAAACGGUUCAGUUUUCCCUGUACCUGGCUGCGGAGACCUCAGGGCAGAGGUUUAAAGCCCUUGCCUCAGAGUGAGGUCAUCACCUCCUGAACUCCUGGAAGCUGGUGACCUUGGCAGGCUGUGCACAGAGACCUGAAGUGUGAGCCACCUACUUUGGGCUUGGGAGGGGGGAGGGGAAAACAUUUGGAAUCAGUUAAAAGAAUAGUGAGUGUUAAUCUUUUUCUUGGAAGUUUGUUUUCCAGUCUGUUGUACAGAGUUUGAAAUAUAUAUAUUUAUUGC